GAUUCGACUCGUCGUGUUGUUAGAUGUGUUAAAUGUUUGCAUGUUUUUUGUAGUUUUGCUGAAGAGUUUGUUUUUAAAAAAUAACUCAAAGUUUAAACUUGUGACAUGUGCAGCGUUUUACUGUACGUUCACAGAGCUAUAAAAAUGAUGAAGAAUUUUUUGUAUGUGUUUUCUCUGUAACUGUAUUAGCAGGCUACGUUUUCCGUAGGAUUCCAGUCCUUCUCUGACAUUAGCGACGUUACUCAGCUCGUUGUUUUAUAAAACCUGAGGUAAAGAAUGGCAAAUCAGUCACACAGGCCAGAUAUUUUUCGCUGGAAAAGAUUUACAAGGAGUGGAACCCAACCAAGCAGUAAGGUGCAACUGACUGAUGGUGAUAUAAACCAAUGGAUGAAGAGAGUCGAGAUGGCGUCAGAGUUUGCUGUGUCUGAAGUAUUCUCACCGCAGAAACGACACACUGCUAAACACAGCCAGGCUGUUGCCCUGCAAAGCUUGGAGCAACUACAGGACCAUGAUGACGCAUACAGUGAGGCUCAAGCUAUUCUUAGUGACUGGAUGAAUACAAAGUUGCGCCUAGAGUUGGAAAUGGACGAGGAAGAGGAGGAGCUGAUUGGUUCAAGUAAAACGCAAAGUCCAGAGAAGACAGCAAACCUGAACUACAAAAACUUUGAUGAUAUGUAUUCUCAACUUGCGCAGGAAGAUGAGAGUUUUGAGGUGUACGACUUCCUCCAGGACCUGAUGGAGACUGAAUUGUUGGAUUCUAGGGCAGUGGAGGGUCUCAGGCUAGAUGCAGAGCCAGAGAGGAAAUGCAGGGACCCCAGUAUCACCAUGCAGGUGCGUCAUCAACAGGUGAAGGAGAGGCGCUUGCGGAGGGAUGCAGAACGGGCAAAGCAGCGCAAGGAGCAAGAAGCACGGAGGGAGGCGCGAGAGGAGGCGCAGCGACUGGAGCGUGAGGAACAGAGAAAGAGGAAGCAGGAGGCCCGCAGGCAGGAUGAGCUUCUACAGCAGGAGAUGAUGCGGCUGCGUAGAGAGAUGGAGGAAAAGAGAAGCAUGGAGCAGCUCGCGCGAAAGACAGAACGCGAGAGGAUGGAAAAGCAGCGAGUGAGUCGACGCUCUCUAGCACCAAAGCCUGACUCACAGAGGCAGCUGCAACGCAGAGAGCAGGAAGUGGAGGCAAGGGUGCACAUUCUCAAUCUGCAGUGCAUGCAGAAGCAUUUCUCAGCCUGGUACUCAGUGGUACUGGACAAGAGGGUGCGGCUGGGUAAGGCAGCAGCGCUCUGUGAUUGGAAGAGGCAGCUGAGAGCGUGGCGGGCGUGGCGAGCGCUGGUGUGGGUGAAGAGAGAGGAGAGAGAGGCUGAGAGAACAGAGGAGGAACUGAGGAUGGAUAACAGGCGCCAUCAAGUUGCGGCAGAGAGUGACCGGAGACGGCUUUUGAGGCGCUGUCUUAAUGACUGGCGGUUGUGGUGCCGAAUGGAAAAGGAACGCAGGGAACUCCUCAGCCAGCAGGAGGAAACAAGGCAAAAAAUGGCCGCCCUGAUCAGCGCCGCUGCUUCUGGGAAACUGACCAGAGAGAACUGCAGCGAACGACCACUUGCUGACAUGCCUAAUACAUCCACCAAAUUUGAGUACAGCACUCAACCUAUCCAGGCACCAGUGCAAGGGGUCACCUCAGCUUCUGCCCCGCCCACUGUGACUAACAGGAAAAUGGCCCCUCCCACUCAGGCCUGGCAGGUGACACGUCGCCAUGCUGCUCUUUCACCAACAGAACUCCUUCGAGCUCAACAGAGGCAGCCCCUGAAUAGCGUCCCCCGCAGCCAGAGUGUAGAGGUGUGCGGUGGCCGGUUUGAGCAUCGUUACGCAGCCCAGCAGCAGACCAUUGCAGAGCAGAGACGUCUCCUCAAAGAGCAACAGGAGCUGAUCUCAUGCCUGCAGGAGAGACAGAAUUUUCUGGAGCUCAGGCAGGAGGCAGAGAGAACUGCAGAGUCAGCAGCAGCGACUCCAACAGCCCAACCCAAAAACUCAGCACCUCACAUCAUUACACACGCCAGCACAGGUGGUGGAGAUGCUGAGACAAGAUCAAACAGAGCCUCAAGGGAAGACAGUGCCAGUCAUCCAACCCCCAAAGCCACAGCCAGUCGCCAAAUGGCUCCUCACCCUGCAGUACGAGCCAUGGAGGAGCGAGCGCGGCUGCGUGCAGAACGCAGGAGGGAGGUGGAGGAGAUGAAGAGAAGGCGAGAAGAGGAGAAGUUGGCUCAGAUGAAGACUGCAGAGGAGGAGAGACUGAGGCAGGAGGAGGAGGAGAAACGCAUAGCAGCAGAAAGGAGGAAGGAGGAAAGGAGACAACAGAGAGAGAGAGAGCUGGAGAAGCAGAAGAGAAUGGAGCGGGAGCAGAAGUUGUUGAAGCAGGCGCAAGAACACUACCACAGAUCACUGCUACUGUACAAAGGCCUGGCGCCAUGGAAACGCCUGGUGGAGAAGAGUCAUACCGGUACUCAGAAAGCUGUGGACCAUCACAGACAGGUUCUCCAGAGACGGUGCCUCCUGUCCUGGCUGCAGGCUGCAGGUGAGGCCCUGGCUGAGAAAGAAUCCUGUGCAGGGCAGUUAUACAGACGCUUUCUGCUCAGGAGAGCUUUCUGCAGCUUGCAGAAGUCUAAGGACCUGCAGUGUGUCCUGGAGGCGCGGGCCAAGCACUUCUACAGGGCUCAGACGCUCAGGAAGGUUUUCGUGGCUUUACUGGAUCACGCAACCCACCAGAGACUGCUGGCCUGGGACAGAGAACGGCAGGCGGAGGAGCACAAUGCCAGGCGGUCAGCGCGAAGGUGUUUCUCUGGCUGGAGGCGUCUGCCGGCGGCCCUGAGGGAGGAGCGAGAGAAAGAGGUGCGCAGAGAGCGGCUCCGGCGCAAAGUGGCCGAGAUUCUCCCGGACUUCCGCACCUCGCCUGUGGAUGGUGUUUGGAGCCCAGCGCCAUCCCUUUAA